UGGCGGCGUCAGGUUUCUAUGAAUCACGGCAACGCCAUUUUCUAUUAUUAUAAUCACCGCGCAAGGGGAGUGGGCACGGAGGGCUGGUCUCUUGCCUCCUUACUCAAUAGUAUCCGCCUCUGUCUGGUGGCGCACUUCUCAACCUUUCAAACAGGCAUCAGCGACGCUUCUGCGUUUUAAGUCCGUUAGGUGGGAGAAGACAAAUAGUUAAAUUUGUUUUAAAAAUAAAGCCCGACGACUUCAAAAGAAUUAAGUCAGAACCAUGACAGACCCCGAGUGGCAGUCUCCCUCUGUCUCAUCCUCGGCUCGCUUAGACGACAUUGUUGAUCGUACCGCCGAAGGUACAGAGAAAAUACUGGAUGAUUCGGAUCCUCUCAAGCCCGGGGCAGGCGACGCACCCAUCUUUGUUCCUUCGGUCUCUGUACCUGCGGCUCCAGGCGCCUUCGAGCCGGCAGAAGGCACGACCGUCGGACACGAGGAUCCCCAGCACCCUGCGCCUCUGCCCGCCAGAAGCCGGCCCGAACCGGACUCCACCUCGGAGUCGGCGCCUGCUACAUCCACCGUGUCCGCCAAGACUCGCCCAGAAUCUGUUGGUUACACUUUCCUAGAGCAGAAGCUAGAUCCAAAAGACGAAUCCUUUCUUUCUCCUUCCGUUGCACCUGAAUGUGUGAUGCAGUCCUCUGCAGACUUUUCUGUCAACUUGAAAGAUCAGCCAGCUAGUGCCGAACCUGUGGGCCCACAGGAUGCUGCACCUAUGCAUGUUGAACCUGUUCCUGUCUCCUCUUUGCCCCCCUUUUCUUCUGAUUCUGUAACUGAAUUAACAGUGUCCACAAAAUCAGUCCACAGUGAUGAUCUAAUACAGACUGAAGUUCCUGUUCCUUUAAACACAGAAUUGCAAACAACCCUUGGCUUUGCGGAAAAUGCAAUGGACAAACCAGUAGCAGAGCACUUAGAAAAAGCUUAUUCUGUUGGUGAAAAGGCACGAGUAAAGCCAGCACUUAUAGAAUCAUCAGAGAUAGACAAUCUAAAUUUUGUUGAUGGAAGUCCAUUUCAAGCCACAGUUGAUCAGUGUGUAGCGCCAAAUCGAAAUGAAUUUAAAGGGACUACACUCUUCAUUGAAGAAACCAUGCCAGAACAAGUCAUUGCAGAUAUGGGAGAACUGAAGAUUAGUGAGGUCAUGAGAAUAGAAAAUGUUCACUUACCAGAGGACCGCAAAGUUGAAAUGGAAACAAAUAACUUAGGAUUCAUUAGUGAGUAUGCUGGUGCAUUAGGGACUGAUACGUUUCCCCUAGGCAGAGUUGUUGAGGAGGAGGAGUCCAUCCAGAAUACAUUGGAUUCUAUUGAUCAAACUAUAAAACCAGAGGACAGUGGUCUUAACUUUUGUUAUGGGGAUAUUUUGGAAGUAAAGGAGAAAAAUGAACUAAUGAGUUCUGAUCCAACAAUUAAUCAGAUGGCUGUUAUUGAUUCUAAUAUCAGAGAUGCCAUUAAUGUAACUGAUAAGCUUGAGGAAGAUGUGUUUCAAGAUCAAGAAGCAUCAAAGACACUAUGUGAAAUUGAAGAAUCAACUGUGGCCAGAACUACUGGAAUGCUAGAUUAUGCAGACUUGGAGGACCAUGUAGAGCGGUCCUCUGAACAAGAUGACAAACUGUCUGCAACUGAUGAAGCCUACUUUGCUGUUUCGCAAGUUCUAGUUGUAAGUGAAUCUCAAGCAUGCAUGACCUAUGCUACAUUUGAUUCUUACAACAUGUUGGAGUUUGAUUCCUCCAACACUAAUGAAAUGGCUCCUAAAAAUGAAGAAAUCACAAAAGGAAAGAUUGAGCUCAAAGAAACAUCGAUACCAUUGCAAGUAGCUGCUGUUGAGUUAGAACUAAGCGAUAAGGUUGAGGAUCCAGAAAUAAAACCUGAGGCACCAGUAUUUGCAGAAAGUAAACUACCUAUUAAUAUAGAUGCAACAUCGAUUUCUGAAAUGAAUCCACAACUGCUUAGUAGUUUUGCAAUCCAUCCAAAUCAGAGUGCACAAUCUGACUAUUUGAAUGAAAUCAUUAAUUCAAAUUGGACUAGGCAAAAUUUUGCCCCAUACCAUAUGCAAAGCACCUCUGAAAUCACAUCCCCGGGCUUAACACAGGUAGAAAUGACUGAAUGUGUAUUUGAUACAGAAAUAAGGACAUCUCCUCAAGAAUCUCUUGAUCAGUGCAAACCACUACUUCGCACAUCUGAAGAGUGUGUUUUAGGCAAAUCUGAUGUACAAGAUUUAAUAGACACUAUUGUGACGGCGCCAACUUUCAUAGGGAGUGAGCUCGUUACAAAUCUCUCGGAUCCUGAUUGUACUCCAUAUGUUGCUAAAGAGAAAAUUGCAUAUGCCCUUCAAGAACCACUUACUGCUGGCAGUGGUAUUCCAGAGUUAACAAAAACACAGUCUUUCCUUGAAGAACAAAAGGCUAUUACAAAGAAAGGAAUUGUGGAAGAAACUGUAAAUGUUUCGGAGGAUGUUCUGGUUUCUGGUAAGGGUAAUAUGCUGGAGAGCACAUUAGAUUCUGUUAUAGGAGUAGAAGAUAAUAGUAAAGAUUUAUGUGUACGCUUGGGGCACAGUGAGCUUGGUGUCUCUGAAAAAAUAAACAAGCUUGUUGAUCAAUCCAGGAAAGAAGAAUCAUUGCCAAGUAAGACUGUGGAAGAAACAAGUUGUUCUACGUUGCUUUAUCAAAAACCAGACGUAAUGGCUGAUAGUUCAGUGACAGCAAUGAGCCUAGAUGUGAUUACAUGCAAAGAAGUUGCCAUCAGUAAAUCUGAACCAAUUUUGGGAACACGGGGAGCUGCUACAAUUGGAAUGAAACCUGUUGAAAGGAUUUUAGCUGAUUACAAACAUGUUGAGCAGUGUUCACUUCCUCCACUUUCACUCCAAGAUGAAACUGAAAUCCCACCACUGACUAAAAAUAUAACUGACGAUGUGCUGACUGACCUAUUAAACGUCAGAGAGAAAGAUGUACCGGAAAUUAGUUUGUGUUAUCAGGAAACUUCUGAGGAAGUACUGUCUAGUGCAACAAUAAGUGAAAAGUAUGCUGCAAAACAAUCUAACUCUGUUUUGAUUGCUGACAGAGGAUUUGGUUCACAAGUCUUGGCUGAAGAGACUAAUUUGACUGCUUCCCAGUCAGUUGCUGGUGAUGUUGCUCCGUCUUUGCAGAAUACAUUUCCAGACAAUUAUUUGGAAGAAUUUGAUGAAAUGAAAACCAGAAUUGAUGACCAUUCUGAAAAUUUGGAGACUGUGCAGGCACAGAUGAAGACCCAAAAUGAUGCUUCAUUUCCCAUAAAUGAAGAAGUAACUAAGGCUUCAAAAGAAGUGGUUACAAAAAUUUUAGAAACCAGUGUUGCUCUAGCAGAAGUUUUGGGAGGGAAGGAAGGAACAAUAGCACAAUCCAUAUCUCAGCAAGAAACAGAUGUAAUAUUUCCUUCCACUGUUGGAGAAGAUGUAAGCAAAAAAAUUUUUCCUAUAGAAGCCCUGGUGCCAGAAUUGCUUCCUGUGGCUGAGAGCACUAAAACAUCUAAAGAUGCUGCUGCUGGUGUUGAAGAUUUUUCUGUAAAACCGGACAAAAAAUCAGUGGUGGACUUAAUCUACUGGCGUGAUAUUAAGAAGACUGGAUUGGUGUUUGGUGCGAGCCUGUUCUUGCUGCUGUCUAUGACAAUUUUCAGCAUUGUCAGUGUAAUUGCAUACCUUGCCCUGGCACUGCUUUCAGUUACCAUUAGUUUCAGGAUAUACAGAGGUAUUCUGCAAGCAGUGCAGAAGUCUGACGAAGGGCACCCGUUCAAGGCCUGUUUGGAGACAGACAUUGCUGUAUCUGAUGAACUAGUGCGCAAGUAUAGUGAUGUUGGGCUAAGCCAUAUCAACCAUGUGAUUACUGAGCUAAGACGACUGUUCCUUGUUGAAGACCUGGUAGAUUCUUUGAAGUUUUCAGUGCUGAUGUGGCUGCUCACUUACGUUGGUGCCUUGUUUAACGGACUGUCCCUGCUGAUAAUAGCUCUGGUAGCAGUUUUCAGCAUCCCUGUGGUUUAUGAAAGACACCAGGCUCAAAUUGAUCAUUACAUAGGGAUAGCAAGUAAGCAGAUUAGAGAUAUCACUGCUAAGAUUCAAACGAAAAUUCCUGGACUGAAGAAGAAAACUGAGUAACGGAGCUUGUCCUGUGCUUCAUGGCAUGUUUUCUGCUGGGCUGUCUCUUGGAUUAUCACAGGGAGAAUUGGGAAGAACAAAAUAGCCUUGGAACUGCAGUGUAAUUUGCAAGUCUUUUCCAUUUUGGUAGUAACGAAGUGUUUAAGUGUAGUCUAUUUCAUAAUACAUUAUAUCACAUGCUAACAUAUAGGAAGUUUGAAUUCAGUUUAUUUAUGUCAUUUGGUACAGAGAACACUGGUUUAUAUUAAAGAUUUGAGAAACUGUACAUUGCACGUGUCACGGUAGCGUCUUACUAUGUGAAAACAAAUCAUGGUGCAGUUGGAGCUUUUGGUAUUCCCUGCCCCCUCCCCAGUUUGCACACUGUUUGUAGGAUCUAUGCUGUGAGGUUGGUGCAAAUUUCUAACCCUAUGUGAUCAAAAUAUUUACUGUUCCAUUGUAGUGAAAUUUGACGUCUUGCUUUUCUGACUGAAACCUUUCGCUGUAUUAAGAUUUUACUGUUUUAACGAUUACCUGGUUAGUGUUUCACUAAACUAAGGAGUUGACCUGAGCAGCUCCACAGUGCUUGAUAUUUCAGAGGUAACUGAAUUUUAAAUAUGGAACCACAGCACUGAACCAUGCACUAAGAUAUCUAUGAUAGUGAUACUGGUAAGAUAUCUAUGCCAUAAAUUGAAGUCUCAGCAUAAGUGUUCAACCAUCAGAUUUUCAUCUGUUUCGCCAGAAAUGUAUGAGCACAUCUAUAGCAAAAUUUUAACUGUACUUUUGAUUAUUUGUGGACUGUAUCUAAUGCUAUGAAUAAAUGUAACCUGGAAAUUUCAAGCAUUGUUUGAUGCACGCAUCUGAGAGUGGACAUUGCAUUGUAAAUGAAUGGGGCUCAGGCCUUUGGGGAAUGCAUUGUGAAAUAAAAAUGAGAAUGAAUAAAGCUUACAAACAGAA